AUGUUUAUUUCCAAACGUUUUCCGAAAAGAUUACUUUCCUUUCCUAUUGAAAUAUUAAAAAUAAAAAAUAAAAUGAAAUUUUCUACUGCCACUGUUUUAGCUUACGCUUCUAUUGUCGGAUCCAACGUUAUGGGUUCCGCUUUACCUCAAGGUCAUCAUAUUCAUAAGAGAGCUGUCGCUGUCGAAUAUGUCUAUGAAACUGUUGUCGUCGAUGUCAACGGUAAAACUUUAACCGCUGCCGCCCCACAAGAAACUGUUGCCGGUCAUGUCGCUGCUAUCAAGACUGCAAUUUUGGCUCCAACAACAACAUCUUCUUCUACUCCCGUUGCAGCUCCUGUUACAGAUGUCCCAACAACUACUACUAACGCUGCUAUUGAAUCAAAGCCAACUACGACUUUAGUUGCUCCAACUUCUAUUCAAACUACUACCACUUCCUCUCAAAUCACCACUCAAACUUCAACUUCAACUUCCACUACCUCCACUUUGGCUCCAAAGGAAACUACCUCUACCACUUCUUCGAACAACAAUGGUGGAAUCUAUGGUGAUUUAUCUCCAUUCUCUGCUCCAACUGAACAAUUCGUAGACGGUACUAUUCCAUGUGACCAAUUCCCAUCAGGUCAAGGUGUCAUCUCAGUAGAUUGGUUAGAUACCAACGGAUGGUCCGGUAUUGAAAAUACUGACAAAUCUACUGGUGGCUCAUGUGCUGAAGGUUCCUACUGUUCAUACGCUUGUCAACCUGGUAUGUCCAAGACUCAAUGGCCAUCUGAGCAACCUGCUGAUGGUAGAUCUAUCGGUGGGUUACUUUGUAAGAAUGGGUUCUUAUACCGUUCUAAUACUGAUUCCAAUUAUUUAUGUGAAUGGGGUAUUGAAGCUGCUGAAGUCGUCUCUGAAAUUGAUCAAGGUGUAGCUAUUUGUAGAACUGAUUACCCAGGUACUGAAAAUAUGGUCAUUCCAACUUUCGUUGAAGCUGGUAAUUCUUUACCAUUAACUGUUGUGGAUCAAGAUUCUUAUUAUACUUGGAGAGGUAUGAAGACCUCUGCUCAAUAUUAUGUUAAUAAUGCUGGUGUUUCCGUUGAAGAUGGUUGUGUUUGGGGUACUGAUGGUUCCGGUGUGGGUAAUUGGGCUCCAUUGAAUUUCGGAGCUGGUUACACUAAUGGUAUUGGUUAUUUGUCUUUAAUUCCAAAUCCAAACAAUAAAUCUCCUUUGAAUUUUAACGUUAAGAUUGUUGCCGCUGAUGAUAACUCUGUUGUUGAUGGUACUUGUUACUAUGAAAAUGGUAGCUUUGUUAAUGGUGAAGAUGGUUGUACCGUUGCUGUUAGAUCUGGUAAAGCUAAAUUCGUCUUAUACAAUUAA